AUGCCGUCCUGCGCCGCGCCUAAAUACCGCUAUUCUGCAUUGCAAGAUGGUCAUAUCCGCCUACUUCGACUGAUGCCAAAUCAAGACGAACAUGCCCCGAUACAAUGCCAACUGUUUCACUACCAUCUCCUUGACUCAGCGAAAGGGACUCACCUUUACGAGGCUCUAUCAUAUGUGUGGGGUUCUCCAAAAAAGCCACGGUUUAUUGUCACAAAUGAAGGUCACCUACCCGUCACGGAAAACUUAUACGCGGCAUUAUCACGUCUCCGAGAUCACUCUCUCCAACGAGUCAUAUGGACUGAUGCUAUCUGCAUUAACCAAGGUGAUAUGAAAGAGCGGGAGCGCCAAGUUCAAUCUAUGGCAAAGAUCUACGCUGGAGCUAACCGUGUAAUCGUGUGGCUUGAAGAAGCGACAACAGGCUGCGGUCCAGUGGAUAAAGAAGCCAUAAGAAAUAGUCAUCACGCACUAGAAGAAUUGGGUGCUGCUGCCCGCGGCGUCCCUCCGAAGCCCUCUGGUGACGAAACAAAGCAUCAAGCAGUCCUUUCGCUGCUGCAGCAUUCUUGGUUUCGGCGCAUCUGGGUGCUGCAGGAGGUUGCCGCAGCUAGGCAUGUUUUAAUCAUGUGCCAUUCUACUGAGAUCGAUGGAUACGCGUUCUGCUUUGGUUUACAAGCACUCAAUCUCGACUCUGAAGAUGCACACCUGCAAAGUCGAAUACGUUCCACGAUCUACCUCAUAAAGGGUGCAAUCUUCCGGCCCAAAGCCACGGUUAGUCAUCCAGACAGGUUCUCUCUCCAUAUACGCCCUCUUGGCGAGCCCGUGGACAUGUAUCACAAUCGAGAUGCUACCGACCGCCGGGACAAAAUCUAUGCCUUGUUAGGCAUGAGCUCUGACAUCCCAGUUGGUCUAUCGCCUGACUACACGAAAUCGUGGAAAGACAUCUUUUAUCAACUUAUCAAGUCUUUCAUGGGCGAACGAGCAUCUGUAGAAACCUGCGACGAAGACGAAAUUGCGGUGAUCAAGACCAAGGCUUCUGUUCUGGGGGAGAUCAAGACGCCGGGCAAAAGUACUUGGGAUGAGAGACAGAGUGUGGAUGUCGCUCUGAAAAGGAUAUCUGGCUGUUUCCCAGAAUGGAGUGGCCGCUGGACUCUCCAAUCUUCGGCGAAGCCCAUUCAGGAGGGUGAUUUUGUUUGUCUUCUGCAAGGAGCACCGAAGCCUACUAUCAUCAGGCUAUGUGAGGAUUAUUGUGUUAUUGUCGCAAUUGCUGUUACCCCUACGGAUGACGAACGCGCUGAAGGAGCAGCUAUGGACUGGCCAAACCUCUUACAACGAAUAACGACUUUUCCCCGAGACGUGUUUCUUGUUUGGGACUGGGAAACGUCGCAAGAGAGGGUACCGAGUAGAGGAGAUUAUAAAUGCCUUUUGAGAAGCCGGGUAUCGAGGCAUGCGAAACCAGAUACAUGUUUAGACGGGGCGGCUAGACUAGCGAGCAUGGGGCUUCUACUGAGAGAUGUGGGAAAGUAUGAGGAGGCAAGCCAGAAG